GGACGGAGAACGAGAGUAGGGAGAGACAAACGACCUACAACCGUACGUGUCAAGGAAAUAAGAUUGUCUACGUGUUGUAUUUUGGUUGCUGAGGUAGGGCAGAAGCCCGUAGGAUUUGAAAUCUUACGUAUAUAUAAAAAAAUCUAUUUUCGACAGAGUUCUUAGCAAAAUCCUUUGGCUGAUCAGAUGAUGACACUCAAAUAGCCUAGAGGCAAGAUCUUGUAACGCUAUAUCGUGCAGAUGAAGAAGAAUAAUGAGGAAGACACGAGGCCUCACUCUUUUUGUGGGAGGAGCAUCAGGAUGCUGGAAGUGGAGACGUUUAGUUCGAUGACAUCCCCACCAUCAACAACCUCGACCCCAGGAGCCGUGCGUCGACAUAGAACUCGUCUGUCCAGUGUUCCACUGGUUGAUCUAAGAAAACCCGACGAGAAACACUACGAUGGAGGGAUUAUGUCACGUAGUCAACCAACAGCUGUUGGCACUCGACUGUCCGACAGCGGCCAUCUUACAGUGUAUCCCAGAACCAGGGGUGGGAUGUGUUCUAUGUCGGACACAAUGGAAAACCUGAAAACGGCAGGAAAUAGUCCUUUACCAUCCAAAUCAAGAAUUAAAUACACAAAAAGGUAA